AUGGAAACAACAAAAGAUGCUGCAACAAGGAAGAAUGAAUCCGAACAUACUCAUACUGAAAUUAAUAUAAGUCAAGAAGUGCCACCAUCCAAUGGAAUUACAAAUGACAGGAAGGAUUUUGUAAAAAUAUCCGACGAUAGCAAAAAAAUGCAGCAAAAUACCUGCAAAUUACCGAAACGACAUUUAGAAUGUCGUGAAUCCUAUUUUACCGAAUUGAUGAAAAAUGAUCAUAUCCGAUGUGUUUAUAAUUUAUUUAUUGUUGCGUUCAUAUUCUAUUUGGCCUAUAAUAUUAUGGAUGAUUAUUUCGUAAAAGGAAGAAUCACCUUGGCUGCGAAUACAUUCCGCGAGGGAUUUAUUAAUAUCCACUAUGCCCUUGGUAUGUGGCUUAUUCUGCAAUUGUAUGCCUGUGCUAUAUAUUAUCCUGUGAAAAUCUGGGCAAAUAUCCGAGCCAAACUUCACAAACAUGAUUUUCUACAAUCAUUGUGGUCUCUAACAUGGCUUUUGGCCUACAUAACAAGUCAAGGAUUAUUUGUAUAUGUUCCAGCGAAAGUCUCCUUGGAGUAUAAUAUAAGAAAUGCCUCGUGUUUUGGCCUACUCUUCGAUACCAUGCGAUUGGUAAUGAAACAGCAUGCCUUUGUGCGGGUAAUUUGUGGAAGGGUGGUGAGCGGAAAAUCCCCCACUACAACUUGUCCAAUUCAACAAGGAAACUCAACAAGAGAAAAUAAUUUGGAUGAUCCUGAAAUACCCCGAUUUCCAAAAUAUCUUUAUUAUUUAUUUGCUCCCACUCUAUUGUAUCGGGAUAAUUAUCCACGAACCUCGCAGAUACGUUGGAAGUUUGCAGUAGGCCAUUUUAUAGAAUGCCUGGCUUUCGUCUUUUUAUUUGCCUUUCUCUACGAGAAUCAUUUACUGCCAAUAUUGGAAGACUAUGGCAAAGAAAAGAUUACUGGAGAAAUUCUUAUUCGCACCUUCUUUAAGAUAAACCUAACAAUCGUUCUCAUGUUCCUGAGUUUUGUCUAUUUUCUGCUACACUCCUGGAAUAAUUUCACCGGAGAACUGUUGAAGUUCGGUUAUCGUAAAUUCCACUCAGACUGGUGGUUAUCCAAAGAUUAUUUGCAAUUUUUCCACAAAUGGAAUAAUCUGGUCGGAGAUUGGUUAUAUGAAUAUAUUUAUCGGGAUAUGUAUAUGUAUGGUUUUUAA